GCUAUUUCCAAUUGAGCUUUUAAUUCAUUCUAUAAAAUUAUUAUUAUUUUACAAUAUAUAUUUGUUUUAAUAGUUUUUUUUUAUAGCUACCAGUUAAAAUAUUUUGUAGACACUUUCAGUGCUUUAACUUGGGAGUUCUUUUGCAACUUUUUCAUUGAUAAGAGAGAGAUACUUGCUCGGAAGUGCCGGCUAGGUAAUUGGUCACCACUAAGUUCAAUUGAAUAAUCCAAUAUGGCUGCAUCCGUGCUCUUCGCUUGCGGCUUGAACGAGCAAAAACUGCCAAAAUUCGUGCACAUCAGUGAGGAGUCGAACUGUGACGGCAGCUUCCUCUUCAGCUGCAUACUCGGCCAACGGCUGCGCAUCUCCAACGCCGGCACGGUGCUGGUGUGCCUGCAGCACAACUAUCAGCAUUACUUCCAUGCCGGCAUGCGUCUCGGUUACAAUGUGAAUAUCUUCCUCGACAAAACGCUGAAUGUUGUGGAUCCACUAACGGAUAUGGCUGAAAAGGGUAUGGCCAGCAAGUGGCUGCAGGAUGAACGGCAGGUCACAACGUUACUGCUCGACGGCAUCCGCGAUUACAUUAGCGCCAGUGCCGCACAACGCAUCAGCACAACAAUUUUGGUUGAUAAUUUGGCGAUUUUAUUGAAUUUGGGCGCCACCAAGGAGGAGAUCAUCCAGCUGUGUCAUGAGUUGGCGGAAUUGCCGAAGCAGUAUAAGAAUUUGGCGGUGAUCACGAAGUUGAGCAAUUGCGACUUAUAUGCGUCGAUCGACAACUGUGUGGCGAAGUUGGGCACGUUGCGCAUACGUGCGACACACCUGAAGAGUGGCGUGUCACGUGAUGUGGAUGGUAAACUGUUGAUCGAGCGUGAGUUGACUGCCAAUGGUGUGAAGGACGAAGGCGAAGAGCAGGAAGCGCAACAAAAUGGCGGCUAUGAACUCGAGCAAAUGCGCAAAGAGGUGCUGUACAAAGUAAACGACAGAAAUAUAAAGAUCAUUAAUCCCGGUGAAUUGGGUGUGAAAGUUUGAGAAAUACUUAGGAGUUCUAGAAGAAUUAUGCUGAUAUGGUUCAAAUAUUGAAUUUUAAUGAAUUAUAUAUUUUCGAAUACGCAAUUUACUUACAGUUUUCGUUACACAGUUGAAAAAAUAUAAUUUCUUGUAAUAUAAAAGAAA